ACAAUCCGCUAUUCAGUGAGGUUCAGGAUGAUGACACGGAUCAGCCGAAGUGUGUAAAGAAGCACCGAGUGUUAUUGCAUUGUGAAGGCUUUAUUUGAGAGCUAAUCAUGGGACUGCCGACUCUGGAGUUCAGUGACUCUUUUGUGGACAGCCCGGACUUCAGAGAGAGACUCAAAUGUCAUGAAAUCGAGCUGGAUCGAACCAACAAGUUCAUCAAAGAGCUGAUUAAAGAUGGAAACCAGCUGAUUAAUGCGCUGAAGAGUCUCUCGGCAGCCGUUCAGAAGUUCUCCCAGUCUUUACAGGAGUUCCAAUUUGAGUGCAUUGGAGAUGCAGAGACAGAUGAUGAAGUAAAUAUCGCUCAGUCCUUUAAAGAGUUUGCCCAGCUGCUGAACACCAUGGAAGAGGAGAGAAAACGACUGAUUCAGAAUGCUGAUGAUGUUCUGAUCUCACCCUUGGAGAAGUUUCGGAAAGAGCAGAUUGGAGCAGCCAAAGAGGGGAAGAAGAAAUUUGACAAGGAAACAGAAAAGUACUAUUCAACACUGGAAAAACAUCUCAACUUGUCAUCAAAAAAGAAGGAAUCAGCUCUCCAAGAGGCUGACGCUCACAUUGAUAAGGACAGACAACUCUUUUAUGAUGCCUCACUAGAAUACGUCUUCAAAAUUCAGGAGGUUCAAGAGAAGAAGAAAUUUGAAUUUGUGGAGCCGCUAUUGGCCUUCCUGCAGGGUCUCUUCACCUUUUACCAUGAGGGUUACGAGCUUGCACACGAAUUUGAGCCGUACAAACAACAGCUACAGUUCAACCUGCAAAAUACAAGGAACAACUUUUUGAGCACCAAACAGGAAGUUGAAAAGCUGAUGAAGAGAGUUCGCUCUGCAGACCAAGACCAGAAGCCCCCGGGCCAGUGGACCAUGGAGGGCUAUCUUAACGUCCAGGAGAAACGACCCCUGGGCUGUGCAUGGACGCGCCAUUAUUGUAGGUAUGAGAAGGGGAGCAACACCUUCAGCAUGUGUAAUACAGAGGCGAAGCCUGCCGUUAAACAGACUGGUGUUUUGGCGAAUCCCUCAGAGAAGUUCAAACUGAAGACCUGUAUUAGGAGGAAGACCGACUCCAUAGAUAAGCGCUUCUGUUUUGAUAUUGAGGUGGUUGAAAGAAAUGCCAUCUAUCGUGGAUCUUUUUUCAGACCACUGCAAUUUUUCUAUAGAGCCCGGCAUGGCAUAAUCACUCUACAAGCACAGUCUGAGUCCAACAGGAGACUAUGGCUGGAAGCUAUGGACGGCAAAGAGCCAAUCUACAAUCUUCCUGCUAUUCUAAGCAAAAAGGAGGAAACAUAUUUAAAUGAGGCUGGCUUUAAUUUUGUGAGGAAGUGUAUUCAACUGGUGGAGAUGAGAGCAGGACUCAGCACUAUGGGUUUGUACCGAGUUGGCGGAAUAAACUCUAAAGUCCAGAAGCUCAUGACCACAGUCUUCUCACCCAAAGCAGCUCCAGACAUGGAUCUGGACCCAGAAACCUGGGACAACAAAACUAUCACCAGUGGCCUAAAGAAUUACCUCAGGUGUCUCUCUGAACCACUCAUGACAUACAAGCUCCAUUCAGACUUUCUCUUGGCCGUCAAAUCAGAUGAUCAGAACUACAGAGUGUGUGCAGUUCAUGCCCUUGUGCAUAAACUACCUGACAAAAAUAAAGAAAUGCUGGAGACAUUAACCAAACACCUGCUCAAUGUGUCAACUCACAGUGAAAGUAACAUGAUGACCGUGUCUAAUCUGGGAGUGAUCUUCGGUCCCACACUGAUGCGCUCUCAAGAGGAAACUGUUGCCGCCAUGAUGAACAUCAAAUUCCAAAAUAUAGUGGUCGAAAUUCUCAUUGAAAAUUUUGAAAAGAUAUUUCAUCAGGCCCCGGACCCAAAUGUUCCCCUGCCGCAACCUCAGUCUCGGCCCGAGUCCCGCAGGAGCAGAGCUAUCUGCCUGUCAUCAGGACCAGGCAAACCCAAAAGUCUCUACACGCCCUCACUAUGCUUGGCGGAUGCAGACAAUGUCUUGAUUGUGGCUGCAGGUGACACGUUCAGCAGCAGUUCAGUCAGCACUCCCAUGGGCAGCAUGGACUCCCUCUCCUCACACUCCUCAGAACAGAACAGCUCCUCCAAGACCUGCCCCUCUCCACAGCCCAAAGACAAGCCCCCCUUUCCCGGCCUGCGGCAGAGCCCUUCCUCCCUGUCCUCCAGCGAGCCACAGGGCCUCACCUGCACCAGCAGUCCAGAGUCCAGCUCCAGAGAGGACACGGGUCGUGUAGAUGGAGACUGGGAGGACAUCCGUAGUGUGAGCUCAGUCACUGCCAGAUCUUCAGCAGCACCUACCAAAGCUCCUCACACAGGAACAAGACUCAGAUUAGCACAACUGAACCGCUCAAAUGCUCCAUCACUCAGAUCCUUAAACAUCUCAGAAGGUCCCUGUGCGGGGUCUGUUCAGAGUCUGGUGUGUGUGGAGCAAAAAAACGACGCUAAGUCCACUGCCUACCAAGAUCUGCCACCUAAAACAGUCCUACGUCGAAAGCUGGACAGUAACAACUCUAGUAAUGGCUAUCAAAGACCAGGAUCCGUGGUGGCAGCCAGAGCGUUGCUUUUUGAAAACCCAUCUGCUGUAAAAGCCAAUCCCGUUGGAAGAGAUGCUAAAGCCAUAUAUUCCUGUGAAGCAGAACACAGCAAUGAGCUGAGUUUCCUGCAGGGGGCUCACUUCUCCAACGUGUAUCCCUCGGUGGAACCAGGCUGGCUCCAGGCUACAUUUGAGGGAAAAACAGGACUCAUUCCUGAAAAUUACGUGGUCUUCCUCUGAUAACGUCCCACCAGGCGAGGCCAAGUAUUUCAUGGUAUCCAUGGAAACAUAAAUUUUAGAUCAAGAGGUGCAAGUAUAUAUCAAGCACUGUAGCAUGUGUGGACUGUGUGCAUAGAUCAUAUGCUGUUAAAAAUGUCGAGAACAUGUAUGGUAUACAAACCUUAACUAUAAAGCACAAGGAUGUAUGUAACGAACAGUAUGUGUGAAUCACAGCUGUAAUUCUAGACAAAUGGGUUUCAAAACUUUCACUGGACACUGAAAUAUAUUUUAAAUUGACUUGAUGGAGGAUCCGUUCAGAAACAUUCCAAUCUAGUAAUAUAUGUUCACAAUCAUUGAGAUCAGCAGGUGCUAAAAUGCACUUAAUGGUGAUUUUAAGUCAACUGUCUGGUAGAAUACUGUUAUUCUGCUAUUUAAAGCAUUAGUUAAAAGAUCUAAGAGAAAGGUUUCAGUUUCCACUCAUAAUUCUAUUGCUGCAUUACAUUCAAUACAAAAAUUCUGAAUUUCCAACUUUCGACUAGGAAAAGUGGAAUAGAAAGCCUCUUAAAGUCAAACAUGGAAACUCGUGUCGAAGUCUUCAACUCAUGAAGCCACGCAAGCCUGCCGGCACUCAAGGAGAUUUAGAGAGCUAAUGAUAAACCUUCACUUGUAAUUCAAAAUAUCCAUCAGUGAGUCCAAGUUUCUCCGUUAUUUUAUAGUAAAAAAAACACUCUUUUGAAAAUCGUACACCUGUAGAACAAAUGGCAGCAUUGCAGAAUUGUUUAUCAAUUGGGUUGUUAGGAGAAUCUCUGUUGACAAUUGUUUUUGACCUACAGUAGUGUACAUAUUGACAUCACAUGCAAAAACUGAUGUUUAAUAGAGUUAAUGCAAUCAUUAAUUAUUCAAGGCAUUCUCCUCACUAAACUAAUCACUAUUCGAAAUGUAAAUGUGUCUGUGAAAUGUUUUGAAAAUGUUCAUGGCAAGUUGAAUUUGGUUAUUGUAGUUAAAUAGGUAAUUAUUAAAGGGAUAGUUCACCCAAAAUUCAAAAUUCUCUCAUUGUUUACUUCAAGCCAUCCAAGAUGUGUAUGACUUUCUUUCAUCUGUUGAACACAAACAAAGAUUUUUAGAAGAAUGUUUCAGCUCUGUAGGUCCAUACAAUGCAAGUGAAUGGUGACCAGACCUUUCAAGCUCCAAAAAAUCCCAUAAAGGCAGCAUAAAAGUAGGGAUGGGCGAUACCACUUAUUUUCUUUUCGAUCCGAUACCAAGUACUUUUAGGCCAGUAUCGCCGAUAUUGAUACCAAUACGAUACCUAUAUUAAAUUGAAUUUUUAUGAAUUAUUUGGAUAAAAGUUGUAACGUUAUUACUUAAAUGUUUUAUAUAUGUAUGGGCAUAAACAAAAAAUUAUUAGGCUGUUUUGUUUACCCUUUAAAAAUGAGUUAGUAUAAGCCACAAAUAAACCCUCAAUAUUAACCAUAGAUAUUAUUAUAUGGUUACUAUUACUAAAACCAAGUGACCAUAUGAAUACUACAAUAAUGCUGUAGUAAAACCAUGGUUCAUUUGAUCAAAACCUUGGUUACGACCAAAAAGAAAAAAAGAAGGACACAUGGUUACUACAGUCGUGGUUACUAGUCAUUGUUAAUAAAGUAAAUCCAUGGGUAGUUUUCAUAAGGGUAUCAUUAAUUAACGAGGAUUGAAGAUCAUUAUCAAUGUUUUAACUACUGCCAGUAGCGUAGUAAAUUCAAAGAAGCCCAUUAUAAUACAUGUCAUGUCUAGGUUUGUUAUUACUUAGUGUGAAUAACUCCAGAUGCUGUUUUUCUGUCACUACCACUGGAAAGCACUGCUACCUAUUUGAACGAGUGCUGUGACCGUAAGGGUGAGCACUGUCUAACUGCUACUGUAUUUUAGUAUUUGUGCAUGUCAAGAUGAGCGGAAGAAAAAAUUGUUCCAGUGCCAUGAAACAAUUUGCUCAUAUAAUAAUUUUUUUCCACUUCGAAGAUUAUGAGAUUCAUUAAUAUUCAUGUAAUUGAAAUAAUAAGAUCAACUUCAGAAUCUAUAUAUUUAUGUGAGGACAGUAUCAAUACUUUAGUAUCAAUCCGCCCAUCCCUACAUAAAAGUCAUCUAUAAGACUCCAGUAGUUAAAUCUAUGUCUUCAGAAGCGACAUGAUAGGUCUGGGUGAGAAACAGAUCAAUAUUUAAGUCCUUUUUUACUAUAAAUCUCCAUUUUCACUUUCACAUUCUUUUCACAUUCUAAAAGAGAAAGUGACAGUGGAGAUUUAUAGUGAUUCACCCAAAAGCAACUGGAUCGCUUUAGUAGACAUGGAUUUAACCACUGGCGUCAUAUGGAUUACUUUUAUUCUGCAUUUAUGUGCUUUUUGGAGCUUCAAAGUUCUGGCCACCAUUUACUUGGAUUGUAUGGACCUACAGAGUUACUAUCCUACAAACUAUUCUUCUAAAAAUCUUUGUUUGUGUUCUGUAGAAGAAAAAAGAUUCAUACAUCUUGGAUGGCAUGAGACAUGAUUUUCAUUUUUGGGUGAACUAUCCCUUUAAGAUAAACAAGGGCAGCACUGUCUGAAAAGAUUGGAAACUACUGUUUUAAAGCAUUAGAUAGCAAUGGUCUCUAUACUGCAUUCAGGUCAUUGCAGAAUGUCAAGUAAUAUUCAGUCUAUACAGAUGUUAAAGACAAACAUGUUUUAAAUGAUAUUGUGAUCUUACUAUUCAGUCUCAAUAACACCAGUUCAGUGUUUAUGACUGACCAACUAAUUCAGCAACUGUCCUCAUGUACAAACGUCCUUUUGUGGUACAAUGCAAACACUCUCUCCUCUCAUACAGAGUUUUACAUGUGACUUGAAUGUUUGGAAUGGACGGAGUUGGACAUCUAUAGUGCACUUGUGUUUUUUGUCAUUAUUCCCAAUCAAACAAAAAAAUAAUGUAUUAUGAAAGCAACUGACAAAAUAGAAGAUAGAAGUUUAUAUAUGUAUGAUUAAUCAUUUUUAAAUCAUUGUUUUUUGAUUAUUUGUUUUUGACAAUAAAUGUGUUUUCAAAAUGUGGAUUAGUUCUUGUCCUCCAUUAAAGCUAAAAUGCAUCCGUUAAUCAUCAGAAAAAAGUCUUAGAUAUCAAUCACAGAGUUCUGAGGGGAAGAAGACGUCAGCAGUAUUUGGGAAGGAGGCGACUGCCAAGAUUCCAAUGUUCUUUCCCAAUUAAAUCCAUGAGAAUGCCGCGUGACCUUGACUGCUGAUGCUGGAAUGAUACUCCCUUCUGCUGCACUCACAAGGUCACAGAGGAAAUGAUACGAGUUACCAAAAAAUAACAAAUAUGGCCUUCCGGGAAAAAAAUCAUAAUUUUCUGCUUUUAAAAAAACGGUCCCACUUUAGGUGUCUUUACACACUAUGUACAGUACUAACAUUAAAAUACACACACAAAAAAUAUAAUAUGUAUAGUGUAACUACAUGUUAUUCUG